AUGGUGGUAAAAUGUCGAGAUGAAAAUGCAGCACUGAAGGAGUGUCUCACAAAGCACUUCAAAGAUCCUGUUUUUUAUGAAGAAUGUAAGCAAGAAUAUUUAAAGGAAAGAGAAGAAUAUAGAAGAACUGGUAUUCCUGCCAGAAAAAGAGAACAGAAGUUACCAGACAGCAUGUAA